AUGCUCCGGCAUGACGUCACGCACCUGAAGGCACAGCUGGCUGCGCGUGACAAGAGUGGGAGUUUGCACCUGAAGAAACACCUGAGAAAGCACCUGAAGCAGCAUUCAGGCGUUCUUGUAAACAAUUCUGAAGCGCUAGACAGGAGAGUGGUGAUGGGAAGCAGUGAGGAAGAGGAGGGAGGAAGCAGAAGCACAGGCUGGGGGGCAAGGCGGGAUGAGAGAAGGGACGAAAUUGGGAGUGCGGGCUACCGAGGGGGAGUGGAUGGCAGGCAGAGUAAGGGGUUGGAGGGGGAAAGGAAGGAUGGCGUGAGUGAGGAUGCGGAGGAUUAUGUUUAUGGGGGCAGGAGAGGAGGUGAGGAUGAAGGGUGGGGAGGUGGUGAAGGUGAAGAGGGAAGUGGCGGUGAGGAUGAUGAGGGGAGGAGGAGUGGUGGCAUGGGUGAGAGCGCGCGUGCGCUGAUGGCGCUGUGGGAGGCCGCCCCCUCCCUGGGGCUCAGGGAUGUGCGCAGUGCCGCCGUGCAGCGUGCUCUCACACUGCUCAGACGCGCUGUGGGGGAACAGGGGGGAGAACAGGUGGGGGGAGUGGGGACAGCAGAAGGGGAGGGUAAGGAGACGAAUGAGGGAGUGCAGCAAGCGAGGAGACAAGCAGAUGAUUUGAGUGGGGCAGGAGGGAGUGUGGGAGGGGCAGGGGAGGAGGCGUGGUUGAGUGAGGAGGAGGAGCAGCAGCUGGUGCCAGCAGCACCCCAUGUGGACGACUGUGCCUCUCUCGCUACGGACAUCAGCAUUCUGGAUUCCCGGUCUGCUGACGGGGCGCUUCCGGAUUGGUCGCUUUGGGGCGGCAGGUUGGGACUGGUGGCACGGCGGUUGGAGGAGCGGGAGAGGGAGAAGUUGGAGCAGGAGGAGCAGGCACGUGCACUGCAGCACGAGGCAAUGCGGUUACAGGCACAGGAGAGGAUGCAGGAGAGGCAAGGGGCGAGUGAGGAGCAGGCGGAGGUGGCGGCGUGGAUGGCAGCAGCACGGGACGAGCAGCUCAUGGGGGACCACACAGGGGCUGUCCUGGGGCCGUACCCCCCCUGGGUGAGUGCUGUGGCACGUGCCAUGUGUAGGUAUCAGGUAUCAGGAGCAGACGAGGACAACCUGCCCAUGACGAGGCGCGCUCAGAGGGACGUGUGGGUGCACCAGCACCCUCGCAACUGCUCGCACCCCUCUGUCAAGUUCCUCGUCGUGGACGUGCUCAGGAAGGUCCGCGGAAGCUUCCUGGGCGUGGGGGCGCAGGUGAACUGGCUGGCGGGCGUGCUGGGCACGGCUGUGAUGGAGGGGCGUGUGCUGGUGGUGCGGCACUACCAUAGGGCGGCGCACGAUGGGUGCCAUGGUGGACACGACCACCGGGCGGCGCACGAUGGGUGCCAUGGUGGGUUGGUGACAGGGUUGAAAGGGCAGGGCCAGUGGGUGGUGGAGGGGCGCGUGCUCGUGGUGCGCCACUACCAUAGGGCGGCGCACAACGGGUGCCAUGGUUGCAGUGGUGGAAGGGAGGGUGAGAGUGGUGACGUGAGAGGUGUGCAUCGAGGCCGGUGGUCAUGCUACUUCGUGCCCGAGACCUCCCCUGAGUGCCGCCAGCAGGCCCUGCACCUGCUGCACUUCUCCCGCCAGCAGGCCCUGCACCUGCUGCACUCCUCCCGCCCUACCCACGCAACCCCCAGCAAUCGUAGUGACGGUGGUACUGCUGGGGAUGCUGGGGCCCUCGCCGCCCGGGCAGCCCGCUUCCUGCCCUCCAAUUGGCCAAAAACCCUCGAGCAGCUGCCCGAUCUUACCUCUCGAAACGCCCUGGGCAGCGAGGGAAAAAUCGAGGAGAUAUGGCAGGCAGCAAGUGGAGGUGCUAUAGGCGGCACAGGGGCACUGUCAGGAAACGGAGCGUACCGAGCAGCAGGGGGGUAUUUGCCAGAGGGGCUGGUGGCGGUGCAUGUGCGGCAGGGCGACAAGGCGGGCGAGAUGGCGAUGGCAGGGCUGGAGGUGUAUGUGGCAUUGCUGGGCCGCGUGAGACGCCGGUUUCCCUACGCGGACGCGGUGUGGCUCAGCACUGAGAUGCAGGGCGACAAGACAGGCGAGAUGGCGAUGGCGGGGGUGGACGUGUAUCUGGCGCUGCUGGGCCGCGUGAGACGCCAGUUCCCCCAUGCCGACUUUGUGUGGCUCAGCACUGAGAUGCAGGCAGUGGUGGACGCCGCCAGGCACUACACGCGCUGGCGCUUCCACGCCACCGACUUCCCCCGCCAGGCGGCAGGCGAGAGCAUGGAUGCGUACGACGCGCGCGUGGGGGAGCAGCGCGCCACCGACAACAUCUUCGUGAACCUCCUCGUCUCCGCGGAUGCGCCUUUCUUCGUGGGCACCAUGGGGUCCACGUGGUCCGUGCUCAUUGAUAACUCUCAACAGCCAACUCGUCUCAACCCCUGCCUCUACCUCCCCUUCCGCCUCCCCUGCCUCCUCCGCCCCACACAGGCUGUAGUCGACGCCGCCAAGCACUACACGCGUUGGCGCUUCCAUGUCACCGACUUCCCCCGGCAAGCAGUGGGCGAGAGCAUGGACGCGUACGACGCGCGCGUGGGGGAGCAGCGCGCCACCGACAACGCGUUUGUAAACCUCCUCGUCUCCGCCGACGCGCCCUUCUUCGUGGGCACCAUGGGGUCCACGUGGUCCGUGCUCAUCGAUAACCUCCGGGUGGCGGGGCGGGGCAAGGCGCGGGUGGGCAUGCUGAGUGUGAACCGGGACCGGUACUGGUUCGGGGAGACGUGGGAGGUGUGGAGGGACCUGUACAGGAAUAUCACCAUGUAG